GCAUACCAAGUAGACGCUCGGUCCUGUGACAACAAGAGUUCAAGCCGUCCAAAAUCAAUUCAAUUUUGCUUGCUGCAGCUUGAAUCUUUCACCGUGCGUAGGGUGCCAUUUCCAGCCGCCACAAUUUCCUCUCACUGGAAUUCAGCUCCGCCCCUUUCGGGCCCAAACUCAACGCCAUCUAGUGAUGGUACCGCAGCGCCCCCACCUCUUGAUCUUCAUGGUUCGGACGAUAGCAAUAGUAAAGACAGUUCCUCAAUGGGAAAGGGAGAAAUUGGUGCUAAUGACUCAGAGGGGGUAUGGAGUCCCGAUAUCGAACAGAGCUUUCAGGAGGCAUUAGCCAUUUAUCCACCUUGUGGACGAAGAAAAAUAAUACUUUCUGACGAAGGAAAGAUGUACGGGAGAAAUGAACUUAUUGCCAGGUAUAUUAAACUCCGCACGGGGAAAACAAGAACUCGAAAACAAGUGUCUAGUCACAUGCAGGUAUUGGCACGGCGCAAGUCUCGUGAGAUACAGACCAAACUAAAGGAACAUACAACAAAAGAAGCAGCUCUUCAGUCGAUGUCUUCGAUGUCUUCUGCUCAGAUCGUUUCUUUAUUCUACAGCCAAGAACACGCUGUUAAAGAGAAAGCUUUACAGUCACUGAAUAACCUGUCUUCAGCCCAGAUCGUGUCUUCCACUGCCAUACCAAACAAAGCUCUGUCAUUGGUCACAACUCCUUUAAACUACACUGGCACACCUUUCUGGCAGACAAACCUCGGUCAGCCCGUUUCUUCGGAAGAUGUCAAACCUUUCGUCAACCAACCUUAUGGAAUGGCCCUGAAACCACCUACUUCCGCUACAAUUGGUGGUGUGAAUAUUUUGUCACCAACUGCAUCGCCAUCAUGGGAGGGACGUUCCAUUGCCACACAUAAACUUAGAUUAGUAGAGUUCUCGGCAUUUAUGGAGCAGCAACAAGAUAAUGACACAUAUCAGAGGCACCUAUUCGUUGAUAUACGAGGACUCCCGAGCUAUUCAGACCCAGUACUGGAGGCCGUGGAUAUUAGACAAAUUUACGACAAGUUUCCAGAAAAAAAAGGAGGUUUAAAGGAAUUAUAUGACAAAGGCCCACAGAACGCCUUCUUUUUGGUAAAAUUUUGGGCUGACUUAAACACAAGUAUUCAAGAUGAAGCUGGUUCAUUUUAUGGAGUCACAAGCCAAUUCGAAAGCACUGAAAACAUGACCAUUACUUCUUCUACAAAAGUUUGCUCUUUUGGUAAACAAGUGGUAGAAAAAGUGGAGACUGAAUAUGCCCGGUUUGAGAAUGGUCGAUUUGUGUUCAGGAUUCAACGCUCACCCAUGUGUGAAUACAUGAUCAAUUUUAUACAUAAAUUAAAAAAUCUUCCAGAGAAGUACAUGAUGAACAGUGUCCUGGAAAACUUUACCAUUUUACAGGUUGUAACGAACAGAGAAACCCAAGAGACGCUGUUGUGUAUUGCCUAUGUUUUUGAAGUGUCCACGAGCGAUCAUGGAGCUCAACAUCAUAUCUACAGAUUAGUGAAAGACUAACAUAUCGACAUCAGUUCUUCAUUUUGUCAUUCAGUCCAUCUUACAUUUCUCUCCAGUGCCUAGAAUCCCAUUUCACUGUGGCCUAAACCUGUACAUAAGUUAUUAUAUGGAUGUAGUGAACAAGCUCUCCCAACAUCAACUGAUUAAGGGAGCUGGCUGAAAACUUUUCAGAUAUUCAUGUUUAUUUUUUACAUACAGUGUGUGAAUUUUGACACUUCUUUGCUGUAUUGGCGCAUUUUAGUAUACUUUCGAACAUAAGGUGUUGUAAAAUAAAAUUGAAAAAAAAAAAAUAGGAGAAGGUUACUUACUUGUUUACAACUGUAUCCGAGUAGAUUCUGACGACAGCCGUUAAGAUAUUUCCCAUGUGACGUCAAUCGUCAAUAGAAACCGCUGUACAAGAAAAUCAAAGGGAAUAAUACUAUUUUUUGUUAUAAUUUUCACUUUGUUUCUCUUAGUAUUUUUUGUUUACUUUGUAAAUUCUUAACUUCGAUUUUAGCAUUUUAAAGUCACUGGAUCAGAAAUUAUUUUAAGCUUAAAAUAAUAAACGAUAUUUUUUUUUUCCAGUGCAUGGCAAAUUGUGAUUUGUAUAUUUCUUAUAUCUCCAAACAAAAUGGUAUAACAAUAAGAAUUAAACAUCAAAAUUGAAUAGCACGAAGUCUGUACCAAUACCUUAUAUUAAAAAUAAAAUAUGUUCACCAUUG